UUUCAUUGCCUUUGGUCAAUUAGUUUUAAGACAUUUACGAUUUCCGUUGCCUUUUCUCAGAAAAGUAAUGUUGAUGCUGAAACAUCUGAGAGUAGUGGUGGAUUCAAAGAAGGAGUCAGAGUACAAAUACUGGAUUGGAUUGAAUCAGAGGAUGUUGUUGUUGGUGAAGGAGAAUUCUGCUAUGCUGAACCGAAGUACAAAAUUGGUCGUAUACCAAUUGGUCCUAAUGCAGUGGCUAUCGUAGUUAAGUAUGCACUAAGCGCAUCAGCUUCACUCUGGAGGCCUACUACGGAUGUGUUAACUCUUGAUGAAGCUGUGGGAUACAAGAUAUCUUGGCCAAUGGAUAAAGUGAUUUUGGAUAAGGAUCCAAACUGUUCUGAAGAUUUAUCUAUGCAAAGCAAGGAAGGUGAAUAUCGAAGAUGCAAGAUAUAUGAUUGGACCAAUGAUGAGGACGAGGUCAUUGCUGAAGGUCUCGUGUGCUCUUCAAAAUCCAAAGACAUGGUUAACAACAUACCUCUGGGUCCCAAUGCUGUUAGUGUCGAAGUAGUGAAGGUGUUCAAUGAUCAAGCAUAUUUGUGGAGGCCAACCGCUGAUAUGUUCUUGAUUGGUGAUGCACUUAGCGAGAAAAUAGCAUGGCCAGUCCUAAAGGUUGAAGUCAUGCCUACACCUGCUACAGAAGUAACACCAACUAAAUGUGCAGGGAAGAAAAUAGCAUCACCUUCGAAGCCAGCCAAGAAAAAAGCAGUGGUAUGUAAUUGACAUGAAGUUAAAUUUUUUUAUUUGCCUGAUGAUUGAUGUUGCGUCCUUGAUUGAUGUUGGAACUUGCUUCUGUCAUCUUGUUUGAGUUGUAGAGUCCAGGCAGCACUAGUUCGACCAGAAGUCCGAAGCAGAAGUGCACUCUCUUGGAUUGCAACAACUCUGGACGUAAGGUAGCUGAAGGAAGGGUAGCUUCAACGGAUCCGAAUGAGUUGUGCCACUUUGUACCCCUAGGUCCAAAUGCAAGCAAGGUGUGGAUUGAUGUGGCUAAGAUCGGUGAUGCAAAAGUCUGGAGGCCAAAUUCAGAGAUUGAAUACAUAUCUGAUGCAAUGGGUUCGGUUGUGGCAUGGCCAAAUGACAAAAUCAAGUUUGUCUAAAAUUGUCGUCUGAAACAUUUUUCAAGUUGGUUCUCAUCGGCUAUGUAUUUCUAGUGUGUGAUCGAAUGUUUAGGUACUUUUUUACUCGGUUGAAAUCAUGUAUGAUAUUAUGUAACAGUUAGCAAACAAAAAAACAAAAAUUAUGUAUUAUAUUAUGAUAUAAGGUUUUACAUUAAACCAUAAGCUUUAAAAAUUAAAUCCACAGACGGGAAGACCAAAAAUUAAAAUCCUAUACCCUAAAGUGAAAUCCCUAAACCCUAAAGUACAAACCUAUACCCUAUACCCUAAUUGUACUUGAUUUCACAAUUUUGUUCAUUCUUAAAAGGAUAUUGUAAUCUUAAUUUCACAAAACUGAUUAGUUAUAAAUUUUAUAAACACUCAUUUGUUCAAACCCUAUACCCUAAAGCCUUUGUACAUACAAAUAAGUAGUAGUGUUUAUGAACAUAUGAGCUAGAUUGAUCAAUCUUAUAAAAGCUCACAUAAAAAAUUUAUAUUCAUACAAUUUUUUUUUUGUAAAAUUGGAAAACUGAAUAUUUGAUUUUUAAGAUUUAAUUUAAUUUUUUUUUGCUUCAAAAUCAUAUUUAUAUAUUAAUUUCCAGAUUUCAAACGAAAUUAAUACCUUGAGCCAAUAAGGAGUAACCUCCAAGAUUGCAGACGUGGCAAACCAUAUGCCGAUGGAUGUGUCUUCCCAACUUCAAUCUUAGCCAUUCUUUUUAUUUUUUGAGCCAAUGAGGAGCAACUACUAAUAUUGCACUCAGAUUAAUCAUAGACCGUCCGAUUUCUCUCCAUAUCUUUGAUCACAACCGUUCAUUUUUUUCUGUCUCUGUUUGCACUCGGAAAAUUUCAGAACACAACAUCUCUCUUUCUGUCGAAACUCCUUUCUGUCUCGCGAUCUAAAAUCGAAAAAACCCUAAAGAAAGCACAUGUAUCUCUCGAGCUAAAAUCAAACCAGCUGUUCCUGUAUUCAAAUGGAUAAGUCGUGGAUUUGGCUUCCAAGGUAUAACCUAAAAUCCCUCGAUCUCAUUUCUACUCGCCGAUUGAAAUAAAGCUAACUUCUUUUGUCUGAUUCUUGUAGGAAUAGCCACGAGUAUUCAGAAGGAGCAACUAAUUUUGUGAAUUCGUCCGCAAAAAGAUUGGGAAGUCUGUCUGAAAUGCUAUGCCCUUGUAGAGACUGCCGCAAUCUGAGCCAUCAGUCACUGGAUAAAAUUGUGGAGCAUUUGGUGAUUAGGGGUAUGGAUAAGAAGUAUAAGAGUUCUCGUUGGAGUAUUCAUGGAGAAAAAAGAGAUUCUGCAGAAGACAGUGUUCUUCAAUAUGAAACAGAGGCGUUUGAUUUGUUUAAGACAAUAUUCUCCAUGGACGAAGGUGGUCCAAACCCGACAACUGACAACGAAGACGAUGAAGCACCAGAGGAAAUUGAGUUUAAGAAAAAGCUCAGAGACGCUCAAACGCCAUUAUACUCGGAUUGUCUCAAGCACACAAAGGUUUCAGCUAUCAUGGGACUUUACAGAUUCAAGGUUAAAAGUGGUGUGUCGGAGAACUACUUUGAUCAGCUGUUGGUUUUACUUGAGGAUUUGCUACCUGAAGACAAUGUUCUUCCCAAGAGUUUAGCUGCAAUCAAAAAAUUUCUGAAGAUCUUUGGGUUCGGCUACGACAGUAUUCAUGCUUGCAAGAAUGAUUGCAUAUUGUAUAGGAAGGAGUAUGAGAACCUAGAAAGCUGUCCAAGAUGCAAAGUUUCAAGAUGGGAAAUGGAUAAGCACAGUAAUGAGUUAAAGGUGGGGAUUCCGGCAAAGGUCCUUAGAUAUUUUCCAAUCAAGGACAGGUUUAGGAGGAUGUUUAGAUCACAAAGGAUGGCUGAAGAUCUGCGUUGGCACUAUACCAAUGCCACUGAAGAUGGUACAAUGCGGCACCCUGUUGAUUCUAUCUCUUGGGCACAAGUGAAUGCUAAAUGGCCAGACUUUGCUGCUGAUCCACGGAAUCUUCGACUUGGGAUUUCUACAGAUGGGAUGAACCCUUUCUCCAUGCAAAGCACCAAUCACAGCACAUGGCCAGUGUUGUUAGUGAACUAUAACACGCCUCCAACCAUGUGUAUGAAGGCUGAGAAUAUAAUGCUGACUUUGUUGAUCCCUGGUCCUACUGCUCCUGGUAACAACAUUGAUGUUUACCUAGCACCACUGAUAGACGAUCUAAAGGAUUUGUGGGCUGAGGGUAUUGAAGUGUAUGACUCAUUUGCGAAGGAGAACUUUAAUCUCAGAGCCUUGCUGCUUUGGAGUAUCAGUGACUAUCCAGCCUUAGGAACACUGUCUGGAUGUAAAGUAAAGGGGAAACAAGCCUGCAAUGUAUGUGGAAAGGAUACACCUGCAAGGUGGCUUAAGUUUAGCCGCAAGUUUGUCUACAUGAGUAACAGAAGGAGACUACCGCCUGGCCAUCGUUACAGAUAUAAAAAAGCUUGGUUUGACAACACUGUGGAGGAAGGGAAUGCUAAUAGGAUACAAACAGGCGCUGAGAUAUAUGAGACACUACAAGCUUUUACGAAUGAUUUUGGUAGACCUCUAGAGAAGGAAAAAAAAGGAAAAGACUAGAGUUGGAAGAUGAUGAGAGGUUACAAGAAGAAGAGUGUGAAGAAUCAAAUGAACUAUGGCGGUGGAAGAAGAGAUCAAUAUUCUUUGAUCUACCUUACUGGAAGGUAAACUAUAGUAACUGACCUAUAUUAUCUGAUUACUGGAAGAAGAGAUCAAUAUGUCUAACAGUUUCUUGUUUAAUGUGUUAGGAGUUGCCUGUUCGUCACAAUAUUGAUGUUAUGCACGUAGAAAAGAAUGUGUCCGAUGCUAUAUUGUCUCUGUUGAUGCAAAGUGCGAAGUCAAAAGAUGGGUUGAAAGCAAGAAAAGACUUAGAAGAUAUUGGAAUCAGAAAGCACUUGCACACAGAGGUGAGGGGAAAGAAAACAUACUUACCUCCUGCUGCCUACUGGUUAUCGAAGAGAGAGAAGACCAUUUUCUGCCAAAGGUUAGCUAAGUUUAGAGGCCCUGAUGGUUAUUGUGGUAAUAUUGCGAAUAGUGUUUCAGUUAACCCUCCAAAUAUUGGUAGUUUAAAGUCGCAUGAUCAUCAUGUCUUAGUACAGAACUUGUUACCAGCUGCAUUAAGAGGGUUGUUACAUAGGGGUCCUAGGAUAGCCAUAAAUAGAUUAUGCAGUUACUUCAACAGGUUGUGUCAGCGCAUCAUUGACCCAGAGAAACUUAUAUCCAUGGAGACAGAGUUUGUGGAGACAAUGUGUCAGCUGGAGCGCUUCUUCCCUCCAGCCCUUUUUGAUAUCAUGUUUCACCUUCCACUACAUUUAUCAAGAGAGGCACGGUUGGGAGGACCAGUUCACUUCCGAUGGAUGUAUCCCUUCGAAAGGUUUGAUCAACAUCUCUCUUCAAUAUAUCCACUUCCCACAAUGAUGUUUG